AUGCGAGGUCUUCUCAGUUUCGCAACAUUCCUUUUAAUGGGUGCGGUAUUCGCCGAGCUUUACAGCUUCCCGAAUGAGGUGGUCACUGGUGACGCCCCUGUCCGGUACGUCGCGGGCGACGUGGUCGAUGGUCCUAAGGUGAUGGCCCUGAAUGGCUCUUCCUACGACUGGUGGUACUUUGAUGCCGUGUCCACCACUAGCAACGCUUCCGUGGUCAUUGUCCUCUACCGCGCGACUCCCGGGGGUUUCCCUCUUGUCCUCAAGGGCUCUUCCUCAUCGGUGAAUUUGUUCAUCACAAUGGAUAACGGCACCAGUCAUUAUUUCCCCAUCGCCAACAGACCUGGUCGUUCCGGCGAAGUAGUCGUGUCCACUGAUGGCCAGGGUGCCUCAGGGGUAUGGGAAAGUACCGGAUUCAGCUUUUUCGGAUCCCCCGACCUCAGCCACUAUACGGUCCACAUUAAUUCACCCGCUCAUAGAUUCAACGGGACGCUAUCUUUGUCCGCGGCUGCUCCCGCCCACUAUCCCUGCGGUCUCAGUCGCCCAGGUGAGGACCUUCACAUCUCACCGCAUGUGGGAUGGGCAAAUGCCAUACCAGAUGCGAACGCAGUGGGCACGUUCCGGGUUAGGGGUUCUGAUAUCCAUUUCACGGGCGUUGGCUAUCAUGAUAAGAACUGGGGGGAUCAACGAUUCGACCAACACGUCCGCACUUGGUACUGGGGCCACGGCCGCCUGGGCCCUUACUCUUUGGUGUGGUUUGACACAGUUCAACUUGAUGGAAGCCGCUAUGUGAGUGCCUAUGUCGCCAGGGAUGGACGUGUCGUGCAGAGUUCCUGUGAUACCAGUGGAAUUCAGGUCCUUCCCAACAAGAGUGGAGCCAGUCUUUCAGGAAAUGGCAGCACUUUGUCUGGAUUUUCCAUCGCCAUGGAGUUGGAGGAAGGUUCCCUACGGGUGCAGGCGGAUAAUGUUGCUUCUAGUGCACAGAGCCCCGUAUAUUACCGGUGGCUUGGUAGCCUGUCUGGUGGCAUUGUCGGCAAAGCCCAAUACAAUGGCGUCGGUAUGUGGGAGGAGUUCGAUUUUACUGAGGCAUAG